CAUGUGGGCGACACUGACGGUUGAGCGAGGGCGCUCGCUUUGAACGCCAUUAACGCGGCCGUCGUGAAUGAACGUCGACCUCGACCGGGUGGCUGGCGUCCAUUGAUAGGGCGCGCAGCGGGCACCGACCGCUCACACGGGGGCGGCGUGCUGCACGCCCUCGAUUGCCGAACCAAACGUGCCUCAGUCGAGGAUGUGGCGUUCUCCGCGCGACGACACGAAACGCGUGCGAAAUCUGUGUUCAUUUAUCAGUAGCAGCUCGUGAACUUCAGUGAUUAUAGUGCCGCAUCUAGUUCGUAUAAGUAGUUUCUUAAUAUAAUAUUCUGUGAUCGUGUCAAUUCACUAGAACUUAAGUUAAGUUAAGUAUCAAGGAGUACAGUGUAAAAGCGCGCCCGCCGCUUUACUUCCGCAUUUAGUGUUGUGAAUUUACAUGUGAGUGCUCGUCAAGCAGAAAGCGCAAAGGGUGGUGUGGUGUGAAGUGUGGUUAUGCACCCGAGCAAUGCUCUCAGUGAUCGCAAUGCGUCGGCCGGAGGACGAGGAGCUAGGCGGUCGCGGCGAAGGCGACGAGUUUGUAGACAUAUCUCAAAUGCAGUUGUUAGUGGAGGCGGGCCCGAGCGGGCUGCACUACGGAGGCCCGCCGCCGCCGCACGCGCAGCCCCAGCCCUACGUGCAGCCGCCCGCGCACGUGGUCACCACAACAACUGCCUCAGUCGAUGAUCUCUUCGCUCUAUACUUUACACCCACUUCGCACGCUGAUCAUGUUCUUGGCAGCCUACCAGGCGAUGAAUUAUCAUUGGGAUGCUCCCCGCGGCGACAUAAGCACGAGUCGUCCUUGUCGCCGGGAGCACGUGCUGAAGAUGCAAGCAAUGCAUCCAGCGCAAGUGCCUCCCUAUACGGACCCCCUUCUUCCAGCACAGGGAAACGGGCGCCAUCGCCACCUUUACAGUGGCUUUUACCACCAGGCCCCGGGCCUGGUAGUGUUGACAAAUACUUUCAACAAGAAUACGAAGAGCGUGUUGAAUUACUUCCCCCAGAGUGUCAAGCAUAUUGUCAACCGCAACAAACUUGCCCUUCUGCACAACAUUGUGAAUAUAGACCGCCACCACAACCGUCGCAGCAACAACACACGUGGGAACCGCAAGAGUACGCGAGCGCACCGCAACCAACUCCGGGGCCUUCCGGUUUGCCAAAACGCGAGCCCUAUCCAAGCCCAGCUGUUCCGAGCGACAGGCCCGUUCAGCUUGCAGAAUAUAACCCAUCCACAAGUAAAGGUCACGAGAUCCUAUCACAAGUUUAUCAACAAAGUGCGCAGCCACUUCGGCUCGUUGCUGUUAAACCACGCAAAUAUCCAAAUCGCCCUAGCAAAACGCCCGUCCACGAACGCCCCUAUGCCUGUCCAGUAGAUGGGUGCGAUCGCAGGUUUUCUCGAUCAGACGAACUGACACGGCACAUUCGUAUUCACACAGGUCAAAAACCAUUUCAAUGUCGUAUUUGUAUGCGCUCGUUCAGUCGAUCAGAUCAUUUGACAACGCACGUACGGACACACACUGGAGAAAAGCCAUUCGCAUGCGAUGUCUGUGGUCGUAAAUUCGCACGUUCCGAUGAAAAGAAAAGGCACGCAAAAGUACACCUUAAACAACGCCUGAAGCGGGAGCGAGGCGGAGGCGGAUCAGCUCACCAUCACGAGCCUCAUCCGCACGCGCCGCUCUAGCAUCCGCCUGUGACGUCGACGGUGACCUCUGCAACGAUGACCACGCCGGAGCCUGUACCCGGGCCUUCGCAUGAGUACAAUUAUUGCAGUGACACCUCUUCGUCAUCGGAUUGAACUUUUUACUCGAAUUGAACUUACUAGAGGAUUUCAUCGCAUAUAUGUUAAUGAAUUGUCUCUGAAAAAGCUUUAUUAACUCUACAGAUAAAAAAACAUUAAAUUUAUACUUUUUAUACAUGUUUGUAGUUACAUACUACGAUAGGAGAUUGCCUACUCGUAUCUGAUUAGUUAGGAUAAUUGAAAUAAUUCACCUGGGAACAAAUGGCCUAAAGUGUCCAGAAUAUAAAAUAUUUGCACGUUUUCUAGUGAAGCAUUGUAUGUCCUUCAAAAUGAAUUAAGUGAAUGAUUUUACAUUAUAAUUGUUGCUGUAUCUCGAACAUAUCCGAGUUUGCGUAAAGUCCCGCGGCUAAAGGUCCGGACAACCCCUCAUAGAUAUUGAUUA